CACAAGAUAGCCAGGCCCUGCUCGGGCCAGCACUGAGCUGCUCUAAAGAGGGCCAAGCAGCUCCGGCCAUCAAAACGUACUUUGCCCAGCCACAGGAUCUUGCUGUAUCUCCGCCGAUGGUUGAGAAUUAAGCUCUCCCCUGUGUCACGAUGGAAGAAGUGAGGAAGACUGCUGUCCAGAUGCAGAGCCCUAUCAAGACUGAAUGGAAUUCCCGCUGUGUCCUUUUCACCUAUUUCCAAGGGGACAUUAGCAGCGUAGUGGACGAACACUUCUCCAGAGCUCUCGGCAAUGUCAAGAGCCCCCAGGGACUGAGCCCUUCCAGCCAGAGCGGAGAUGUGAUCCUGAGGAAUGAUAGUGACAUGCCUCCAAAUCAGUGGCGUUUCUCUCCCCAAUGGACAAAGCCACAGCCGGAAGUGUCUUUUGCAAAUGGCGCCACCAGCUGCAGCUUGACUGGAUCUGGGCCCGUGGCUAUGGACCAGUACCCACUGUCCCUGACUGAGAGCCCCUCCAUGCAGCCUGGCGAGCUGAGGCAUUUCUCCUCCCUCGCCAGCCCCAGCUUCCCAGAGCCCGGCUACCCUCAUGUCUUUCCCACUGGGCACUUGGUUCCAGAGCCCCAGCCUGAUGGGAAUUAUGAGCCCCUCCUAAGUCUCCUCCAGCCAGAGAGAUGCCUAACCCAUCCUCAGGAAUCUGCCUCGUGGGAGGAUGGCAACUCUGCCCAGACAGCCGGAAGCACGGGAUUGCUCUUCAACCUGCCUCCUGGCUCAGCCCACUCUAAGAAAAUCUAUUUCCCCCCUGAUGGUGGACAGGCCACUACCAGCCUUGCAGUUGAAAAAAUCCAGUCUCCAGAGAGAAGAAAAGGUCUGUUCUUUUACUGA